AUUAACGUUAUUUUCCUACACAGAAACCAACAGCAACCAAAUAAAGAUGUCAGUUAAGCAGACACUUCUCGACUUCAAUGUCACCCUUCCCGCGCCACUCGACGACAAAAUGAUGACAUAUCUGAAAAGGAAGGUCACAGAAGAGCUACAGAAAACGUUUGGUACAGAGGACUCCAUUUCUCAACCCAGGCCCAAUACUAUGCUCUUGUUCUUCGAUAAGACUGAAACGCAGUGUACUGUUCGGAUAUUCCCGGAUGGCCUUGUCACCCUUGAUAUCGUGCAAUACGUUGGUGAUAACAAGAGCGAUUUGUAUCGUACUUGGACCAAAAAGGAUAUAGUAGAGCUGCGUGAUCGUAUGAACACGAGCCUGUCGUGUUCGAUAGCGAGGUACAUUCUUCCAAUCACACGGGGACGAGCGAUCCGUUGCUAUCGCGAAACAACUGACGAUAGGAUUAUAGAGUAUGACUUCGACAGAGUUGUUUCCAGUGAGCACUCACCAUAUCAACAUAUUCAGGUUAUCCAUUCACCUCAGUUUGGCAAUAUGCUUAUCCUGGAUGAGAUAGAAAUGAUUGCUGAGAGCGACCUCGUUUACACGCAGGCUCUCAUGGGAAACGGCAGGGCGGACUACAAAGACAAAAGUGUUCUUAUCUUGGGGGGAGGUGACGGGGGAGUGCUUCAUGAGUUAUUAAAGGAAAACCCGAGGUCUGUUGUUAUGGUUGAGAUUGACAAGGGUGUCAUUGAUGCCUCAAGAAAGCAUCUCAGAGCAAUUUGUGGUGAUUCGCUCGACAAUUUACGGGGCAAAAAUUACGAGAUUAUAAUUGAUGACUGCGCCAAAGUCAUGCGAGAAUUUGUAAGGGAAAAAAAGGCGUUUGAUUUCGUGAUUAACGAUCUUACUGACAUCGUUAUAAGAUCAGAAGAACAGGACGGUUCGUACUUGGAGUUUCAAAGGGAAAUCCAGGACCUUUCAAUUCGUCUUCUCUCUCCACGUGGAAAGUAUUUUGUGCAAGGUGGAAAUGGACCUAAUAUGAGAGAAAGUUUAAGUCUGUACGAAGAGCAGCUGGCAAAACUGUAUUGUCCAGUGGAGUUCAGGAAAGAUUUUGCUUUUGUCCCAUCCUUCUUAGAAUUAUGGACGUUUUAUGAGAUAUGGAAGAAGGAUACCCAAGACAAAUGAAUUGUUGCAACAAGGUAGCCGGAAUAGAUGCCAGUUUUGUUAGGGAGGUGCACGUGACAACAUACAAACGGCAUAUUGGUGACGAAGCCGCGAAAACAAGAAGGGGAGACGGGCCAUUGGUUCGCCUCAUUCUUCUCACGCUUUACCGAUGAUGGAAGGAAGACAGGAAAACCGGUUGAAUUACCAUAGUCAGAACUUCCGCUAAAUAGCCUGCGAUGACUUGUAAUAUACUUCAAUUUCCGUUUUCUUUACCCAUGCUUGUGAUUAGUGAAACAUUUCAUUUUUCACAAUAAAGGUCUCAUUUCUUAUGAUGUUGAGAUUUAA